AUGCGACCAGAGGACCAGCCAGAGGCGCCCAGUGGGCCAUGGCGCGCUGCUUCCAUGAUUACAAUGGGCGCCGUGGGGCUUUUGUGCAAAGGGUUUCUCGCUGGGCUGAGCAAAGUCGAGACUCACGGCAUGGACGAGUUUCUACAGCUGCUCGACGAGAGAGAGGACCCUGCAAAGAGGGAGAGGGGACUGAUUACUGUUUCGAACCACAUCUCCGUAAUGGACGAUCCGAUCCUAUGGGGCAUUCUUCCCCUCAGCUACAUGUUCAACCCGGACAAUCUGCGUUGGGGACUUGGGAGUUACGAUUUGUGCUUCACAAAUAAAGGGCUGUCAACUUUUUUCACUUUCGGCCAAGUUCUCCCCACGCAUCGCUCUGCGCAUUCGCAGUACGGCGGCCUUUUCCAGCCCACCAUAACGCAAGCGAUCCGCCUGUUGUCGUGCGGACCUUUUCUGCACGAACAAGACCCUCCAGAGAAGCCCGCGACAUCACUCAAGAGCCCAGACCUUAUUGAUCCCUUUAGCGGCGGACACCUUACCUUCUCUACCAAUGGCCACGACACGUUCCCCGCACCCUCGGCGUACAGAAACCGGCGACAUGCGUGGGUUCACAUUUUUCCAGAGGGCAUGAUCCACCAGAGCGAGCAGAGAAUCAUGCGCUACUUCAAGUGGGGUGUGUCGCGACUGAUACUGGAGAGCGAGCCAAUGCCGGACGUUGUGCCCAUUUUCGUCGAGGGUUUCGACAACAUCAUGCACGAGACACGCACGUUUCCACGAUUCAUCCCACGACCAUUUCAGAACGUGCGGGUGACGUUUGGAGAAAAGCUCGAUACGGAAGAGGUGUUUGGUGACUUGCGCAGGCGGUGGAAGCAGCUUCAGGCGAAGGAACAAGCCAAGGGCGAGCGGCUGGCGGCCGGGGUACUCAACGAUUCGCUCAAGUACUCGAAAGAAGCCGUGGAGAUACGCAAAGAGUGCACAAGGCGCGUACGGCAGGCGGUGGUCGAUGUACGGCGGCAGCGCGGGUACCCUGAGGAUGAUCCAAAGAACAGCCUUGCGACGACAUGGUUGCGCGAGGGGCCUCACAGAGAAGGGCGCAAGGAGGACGACAGCAUCACCAAGGAUGGCUGA